AUGGAAGCAGUGGCACUUUUCUCCUUCACGGGAUCAGGGGCAAAUGAAAUGAGUUUUCAGAAAGGGGAUGUGAUCAAGGUGAUGGACAUGGAGGAUGAUCCUAACUGGUACACAGCGGAGAUUGAGGGGAGGCGCGGCUAUGUGCCAGAGAACUAUAUUUCCCUCCUCCCUCACCCGUGGUUUGCAGGGCGGGUGUCAAGGCAGGAUGCUGAGCAUCGUCUGCGCUGGCAGCCGAGCGGAGCGUUUCUGGUCAGGGAGAGCGAGAGUGCUCCAGGGGACUUCUCUGUCUCCGUCAGCUAUGGUGACGUGGUGGAACACUUUCGAGUUCUGGAGACGGUGGGCCGGUACUGCGUAUGGGACGAGUCCUUCUGUUCUCUCAACCGACUGGUGGAUUUCUACAGGGCUCACAGCAUCGCCGUGGAGAGGGAAGUGUACCUGAGAGACCUGCCGUCCGAUGUGUCUCCACGCCUGUCUGGCCACGGCCGCAACCCCUAUCCCAACCCUUAUAAAGGCAGCCCUCAGCAUUCUCUCUGCGUCUCCUGCCUCGUCCCGCAGCCCUCUCAGCAGGAGAGGGAACCAUCCCCGCGUCUGUUGGAACCCGUUUUGGCGCGGCCUCGUCUGGCACAUGCCCUUUGUGACUACACCCCCCCUCUUGCUGCCCAUCUGCACUUCCUGCGCGGUGAUGUUAUUGACCUGCUGGAUUGCUCUGGUUCACUAACCUGGAGGGGGCGAUGCCGUGGCAGAGUUGGAAUCUUCUCACCAGACUACGUCCAACCACUUUACCACUGACAGACCUUCACAGUCUCUCUCUCUCUCUCUCGUAUCAUAUCAGUCCCAUGGCUGUACUGCACAGCUGGAGUUGCUUCGGUGACUACCCCUCCCUCAAGCCAGGGUGCACCCUUUCCACCACUGAUAUGCACUGACUAAGUGAGAGAGAAGUGUUCUCUCACAGCCACAUUGUUGCCGAUUCUGGUGUUCUCAGUACCUGUUUAAUUCUCCCCUCCAGCGAUCUGUGCUGCUGUGAAUCCUCCUUCGUCCCUCUACUGUCCAGUAUGGCAAUAAAUAA